CGCAGGUGUGUCUCAGUCAUGUGUUUUUGCUCAGAAGGCGGGGUCAGACACACAACAUUUGCAUUAAGAAAUGUCUUUAAGCAUUCAGAAGAGUCAUGGUGAUGCAGGUGGGUGUGUCUGUGGCAUGAGUGGGCGUGGUCAUCGUUGUGUGGGCGUGGUCAUCAUCAGAUCUGACUGAUGUGUGAAUAUAACGCACUGAUGUACAGCAGAAGCACCGACUCUGUCAACAGCAGCAGCUUCAUCAUGAGCAGCAGGAAGAUCAGCAGGAGGUUUUCUCUGGACAGCUCAGGGUAUCGUCCUCAGACCAGUGGAGUGACAGUGAAGCCCAAGAGCAUCACGAGAAGAUCUUCAGACAGCAAAACCUUCCAGAGCGUAGCGGAGGCGCAGCUGGAGCUCCUGGAGAGGAACAACUCACACAGGUUUUUGAGGAUUGAGGAGGAGGGUCUGGAUCGCUGUGAUGGAUCCACUGUUCCUAAUGGCUUUAAGCAGCACAACAGAAGCUUCCACCGGCUGUUCCCAGAGGUGCCGGAGCUGGAGGAUCUGGAGCACGUCUUCACCUGCGCACUGCAGAAGGAGCUGAUCUACCAGGGGAAGAUGUUCGUUUCCCGUCAGCACAUCUGCUUUCACUCCAGCGUCCUGCUGAAGGAGACCAAGGUGAACACUGGUGUACAGACGCAGACGCUCCUCUCCUGCUGA